AUUUAAACAGACCUUUAGUCCGCACAGUCACUGACUGAAAGCAGGUAAAGAUGGCACGAACCAAGCAAACCGCUCGUAAGUCUACCGGAGGAAAGGCGCCCAGGAAGCAGCUCGCUACCAAGGCUGCCCGAAAGAGCGCCCCUGCUACCGGCGGCGUGAAGAAACCUCACCGUUACAGGCCCGGGACUGUGGCUCUCCGGGAGAUCCGCCGCUAUCAGAAAUCCACCGAGCUGCUGAUCCGCAAGCUGCCCUUCCAGCGGCUGGUCCGCGAAAUCGCUCAGGAUUUCAAGACCGACCUGCGCUUCCAGAGCUCCGCUGUCAUGGCGCUGCAGGAGGCUAGCGAGGCUUACCUGGUCGGGCUCUUUGAGGACACCAACCUGUGUGCCAUUCACGCCAAGAGAGUCACCAUCAUGCCCAAAGACAUCCAGCUGGCCCGCCGCAUCCGAGGGGAACGCGCAUAAACUGGAACUCGGUUCACGAAACUACUUUAAACAACAAAGGCUCUUUUAAGAGCCAAUCACCUUACUUAAAAUAUCUGAUUCCAUCAACAAAACUAGUUGUUGACCGUUAAGGUGUUAUCAAAGCAAAACUCUUUAAAUUCUAUAUUUUCUAUGUAGUAUUAUACACACAAUGUUAUUUAAAAAGGAAAGCUACCUUUAUGAUUUUGUAUGUA